UGUACUUCUGUUCACAGCCUAUAUUUUCUCAUUUUAUUUUUCUCAAUGAGUUUGGGAGGGGUGGAAUGCGUGCGUACGUUUUAUCACGGACUUUUUGUUUAAUUUAUUGAUAUCGCAUAAAACAUUGUGGAAUGGUGAAAAUGUGUUUGAUGUCUAAUGCGAACGUUAAUAUUAGUGCAAUAAUUGCGCGUUGAUUACAGUUUUAUAGUGUGUGUUCCUAAUCAUGCAAAAUGGCCAAUGAUUUCUGGUCAUGUACCUGUUGUACCGAAGCUCUGACUUGUUGGUUGCGUCUGAAGCUGUCUCCGGAGGAGAUAGAGCAGCGGUACAGAAGCAAGGAAAUAGACAGAAUUCUUGAGAAGGACAAACAGACGCUACGGCGACAGGUCAAACUUUUGCUACUUGGUGCGGGUGAAAGCGGAAAAUCAACAUUCCUGAAACAGAUGAGAAUAAUACACAAAGUCAAAUUUGAGCCGGAAUUAGUGCGCGAGUACCAGCAUGUGAUAUAUCAGAAUAUAGUGAAGGGUAUACAAGUGCUAGUUGAUGCAAGAGACAAGCUCGCGAUUCCGUGGGAAAACCCAAGGAAUCUGGACGUUGGUCAGCAGGCCCUGCACUUCAAUAGUUCAGUGUCGCUCGACAGCCGAUUGUUUAUGCAUUAUGCACCUCAUAUACACUCCCUGUGGUUAGACAGGGCCAUAAAACGAGCAUAUGACAGGCGGAGAGAAUUUCAAUUGAGCGACUCAGUGAGUUACUUCUUCGGCGAGCUGGAGCGCAUUGCGCGGCCGGACUACAUCCCCUCCCACCAGGACAUCCUGCACUGUCGGAAGGCCACCAAGGGCAUCACGGAGUGCACGAUCAACAUCAACAAUGUGCCAUUCGUGUUCGUCGACGUCGGUGGCCAGAGGACGCAGCGGCAGAAGUGGACGCAGUGUUUCGAUUCCGUCACCUCCAUACUGUUUCUGGUGUCCUCGUCGGAGUUCGACCAAGUUCUGUCGGAAGAUAGAAAAACGAAUCGCCUCGAAGAAGCGCUCAACAUAUUCGACACGAUCGUGAACAAUGUCAACUUCAAAGGGAUAUCGAUUAUUCUAUUCCUCAACAAAUCGGAUUUACUAGCGAGGAAGGUGGCCAGCAAGGAGACGGACAUACGCUGGUACUUCCCGCACUUCACGGGCGAUCCGCACAACCUCCGCGACGUGCAAAUGUUCAUACUCAACAUGUUCGCGAACGUUCGCAGGGAACCAAAGACAACGCUCUACCAUCACUUCACGACGGCCAUAGACACGCACAACAUAGAGGUCGUCUUCAACUCCGUCAAAGACACGAUCCUCAAUCGAAAUUUGGAAUCGCUCAUGUUACAGUGACGUAACAGCUCCGAAUUCAAAUUACUCCAAAUGUGAUAGCUCGAUGGCGAAUGACUGAUGGCGCGAAAUUCCUUUUAUAAUCUGUUGUAUUUAUAAUCUGCAUAAUAGGAAGAUUUAAAAGACAAGGGAUAUGUGUUUGUUACGGCGUCACACGACGGCCUACUUUUGUAGUGUUUGUAAAAUAUGGACGGUUUACCGAAGUAAUGUUUUGGUAUGUGUAUAGUAUAUCAUAUCGUAAUGAUAAAAUUUGUAUAUCAGUAUAUUUAUGACCAAAAAUAUAGAUCGUGCACUUGAUAAAUUACAUUAUUAUGAUCACUUUUGGAUAAAUUUAUAUAUGCGCUUAGGACACGUGUAUACACGUGAGUAUUGGUAAAAAAUAGUGAGGAUAUAGAUUUAUCUCUUUCGUAUAUAUGGAAGAAGAAAAGAGACCGAUCUAUGUCUCCAAUGUUGGCGUAGAGUAAGGAAACUCAAUUUUUACAGAAGUAGCUUGUAUCAGCAUUUAAAUGUAGUCCAGAACCAGAAAGAGUAGCGAAACCCUCUGAACUGCCGAGAGUCAUAUCUAACUGUGCCAAGAACAGGAUGUAUGGAAAUUUAGGCAAUGUGCUCAAUGACGUCGUAAAACAAAAUUGCGUAAUACAUAUAAUAUAAUUAUAAUCAUCUUUAUAACUUCUUGUCGGAAACGUAAAAAUUUAAUUUUAUUUAACUUAUUAUUUUAACUUAAUAAAUUAUGCAAUAAACAUGUUUUAUAUCUUGCAGCAGUAAGUAGUAAUUCGAAUAUCUAGAUAAAGUUAAGCUUUAGGCUAUAGAUGCGUCUUAAAAAAAAAAUAAUAAAAAGAAAAAAAAGAAACAGCACAUAUUCGAAUUCUUAAUUCAAAUCGUUUAUAUAAUCUAUAUGCGCUAUAGAAAUUCUAGAACAUUUCUAUUGUGACCUAAAUUCUUGCCGAUGUAAUCCGCCGUGACGUCAUUGGGCACUUAUUAGGCGAGCUUUAAGCGUAGUUUAUUAGAAAACGCAUGUUGCUCAAAUGCAGCGCAAAUGAAUAAAGGAAAGACUUUAUAUCCCUAUAGGGGAAAAACCAAUUUUAUUAUAAGUAAAAAUUAGUUUAGAUAGGCACGUUGAAAUGUGACAAUAGUGUAGCCACACUUUACUUCAGUUGUCUCUUUCGCUCACGAUAGUUGAAUUACGCCAUCUCACUUUGACGUCUAAUCGUGUUACAUGCGUUAGUGUACAGUUUUUGGUCGAAUGUUUUAGUAACCUAUCUAUACCUUUUUUACUUAUAAUAUCAUUGAAAAACAAUGUAAAUAAAAAUUUAAUACACUGUGAUGGAAUUUUUCGGUAAUAUUUAGGCUGUAAACAGCAACGAACGAGUUAUAGGCACAUUCUUAUCCCCUACGAUGUUUAAUACCCUUA